AUGGAGGGACCCGCUGAUUCCCGAGGCCCGGGGCCGCAGUACGUGCUUGACGACCACUACUGCGAAGUCUGCAAAGUGUUCAAGCUGCACCAGACUGAAGAGGAAACGGGAGUUCUAUCCGACGCGGAAUACGACGGAGCUGCUAUGUGUGAUAUAGCCGAACAAGCUGGUCUUGGCUGCAAAACAUGUGGGCUAGUCCACGACGCCGUCGAAAAGAUCUUUGGAAUGCGAGGGUGGGACGUUCCAAGUUCAAACGGACCAAACGGUUGGGCAACUCUGCGCCGCGAUUACUAUUAUAUGGACCCCCUGAGUCUGGGAGUAUACUUUACUAUAUCCCCUGGCGAAUACGACCCUGGGAAGCUUGAUGACGAGUGUUGCCUCAGCACGGUGCGAUCUUGGAUGCAAGGUUGUGACAACAAACACCCACGGUGUGCCCCGAACGCCUCAAAUGGGCUGCCGAAGCGGCUGCUCGACCUAGCCAACGAUGGAAGCCAUUUGUCCGUUCGCCUACAUGCAACUACUCCCAACGAGAGCUUUGAAUACGUUACGUUGAGCCACUGCUGGGGAGACGCAGCGAAGGUUCCCAAGACAACCCAGGCCACGCUGGAGUCUUACCAGCAACAAGUGCCCGGCGAAAUGCUCACACCUACGUUUAGAGACGCAAUCUGGAUAGUUAGGCAGCUUGGUUUUAGAUACCUUUGGAUCGACGCGCUUUGCAUUGUACAGGAUGAACCGACUGACUGGGCCGCCACAGCAGGAACUAUGGCAACGAUAUACGGCGAGGCAAGCCUUAACAUCGCUGCUGCGUCUUCCGAAAACGGCAACGGUGGAUGUUUCUACGAGCGCAUGUACAUGGGGCAUUGGUUUUCGCGCACAAGCGGACGAGACGUUACGCUACGCACAGAUCUGGUGCCGGAAUGCGGCCUGUUCGUGCGUCUCGGGAUCGACCACUCAUUCGUAGAGGGUUUGACCGGCAUACCAACCAUGGAUACGGGAUGUCCACUGUCCGAGCGGAAAUGGUUCUAUCAAGAACGCAUCCUCAGCCGGCGAACUUUGUUCUACACCAGAGGGACGUGA